UCUGAUUCUAAUGCAAUCAUAUCUAAUGUCAGCCUGCCAGUCAGUGCAUGUCAAGGUCACUUUACACAUAAAGCCGGUGUGUUUCAGUAUGCUGAGUAGACAAACAAUCGUUCCUGCAGGUUUUUAUCUCAGUGAAAGGGAGUGGAUUUUGGCAAGAAAUCCUGGUAAAUGUGACAUUCUUCAUUCCUGGGCUUCACACACACACACACACACACACACACCCUCCUUCUCUCUCCCUCUGAGGUCAGUAGAUGCUGUUGAUAGACUGGAAGUUACACGUAAACACAUUAGAUGAUGAAGAACUUCACUUUGGAUGUUUAUUUUGACAACUGCUCUCUCACACACACAUUACAUGGAGCCUUGAAACCCAGCAAAAUGACUCAGGACAUUAUGUGUUUCCUGUCUGAACUCAACGUGUGUGUGUGUGUGUGUUAAUGUAGAAAUGUGUGUGAAUGCGUUUGCAUAAGUACACUUGCUCAGUUUGAGUGUGUUUAUGCGCGAGGGAGAGCGAGAGAGAUAGAAAUCAACAAAGGCAGCCAGAGAGAGAGAGAAAGAGAGAUCAGCAGUAACUGAAAAAGCAUCAGAGAGCGAAAUGAAAAGAGAGUGUGAUCAGAGGAGGCAGAAAACCAGACAGACAAAUCCCUCUCAGUUUGGAUCUGAUGAGACGCAGCAGUGAGUCCACUGAGGACAGAAAGACAGCAACAAGUUUGAGUCCAGUCGGCUGUCUGUUCGACAUCUCUGUCAUGGAGCUAUUGCCGGCGUUAGCAUCCACAGUGUUAGCCUCCACAGUCAGCCUGCUGAGGGAGAGCGCUGCUGUUCAGAGCAUCAACAAGAGGCUCAACAGGAGAACCAUGUCGUCUCCAGAGGUGUGUUGGCCGGUGCCGAUGCGAGCCAUCGGGGCUCAGAACCUCCUCACCAUGCCAGGAGGAGUUUCCACAGCAGGAUACCUCCACAAGAAGGGAGGCAGCCAGUUCAGCCUCAUGAAAUGGCCUCUGAGGUACACCAUCAUCCACAAGGGCUGUGUGUACUACUUUAAGAGCAGUACCUCUCCUGCACCACAGGGGGCGUUCUCUCUCAACGGCUACAAUAGAGUGAUGAGAGCAGCAGAAGAGACAACGUCCAGUAAUGUGUUUCCUUUUAAGAUCGUCCACUUCAGUAAGAAGCACAGGACGUGGUUUUUCUCUGCAGCUAGCGAGGACGAGAGGAGGAAAUGGAUGCGAUACCUGCGGAGGGAGAUAGAUCACUAUAACGACAGAAAGGAGUGCCACAUUCCAAGCGACUCAGAUUCGGAUACUGACAGUUUCUAUGGCACAAUUGAGAAGCCGAUGGAUAUUAAACACCCCAUGGAUAACGCAGAAGAUGAUUAUGGUGAGGAUGAUGAUGAUGACGAUGAGGAAGACUAUCUGAAGCCAGACAGUGACUGUUCGCCAACAUCUACAGGUCGACCCACGGGGCCGCCCCCCUCCUACCCUCCUCCCCCAGUGCCGGCAGCAUUCCACCUCCGUCAAGACUCCACUCCAGGUUUUUACAAAGGACCACCUCCUCCCCUCCCGUCGCCACACAGAAUCCCAAACAGCCCGCUACCCAAAAAACCCUCGCCCUCUGCCCCCCCUCCCUCCAUACUAAAAGAACCCAAAGAACCCCCUCCACCUCUCCCCUUUGCCCCACACCUGCACAAGUCCUUCUCCUCUGCCCCCCCGCCUCCUCCUCCCCCCAUUGCAAAGAGAACUCUUCAGAGCUGGACGACAUCCGCGGGGAAGCCCGGGAACGACAAGAGAGACUGGAGGCCUCUGCCAGCUCUAUCGGUCCAAUCCCCCGCCACUCUGCCCAUCUGCGACCAAUUAGAGACCAGGAUGGCCCUAAACGGUCCCCAUCAGCACUCCCUUAGUGCUGGAGGGAGCCAAUCGCUGGGCCACAACCACCACGGGGUGUUGAGAAACCACCGCAUCAAGCCGAGCCAACCGACUCCUCAUUCCACGAAUAUUGGAGGGCCCACCCUCAGACCUGUGAUAUCAGACUCCCUGUCCCUCAACCAGACGUCCUCCAGUCACCCACCACUGCCUGGCCAACCUCCGCUCUCUCCACUACUUAAAACUGGACUACACAAUAAGCCAGGGAUACCCAAACCUCCUACACCAACAGGCAAACCCCUGCUGCCUGCAGCCAAGUCCAAGCAGCCUGCAUCCCCAUUUCAAAGAGCUUCUCCAGAAGGCCAGAGCUUUCGUUCAUUGGGAGAAGAGAUGCCAGCAGAGUUCAGGAAGAAACCAGACCCGCCCAAACACAGCAAACGAGACGAGUCUGAUGACGACUAUGAGGAUGUGCAGCUGCCAGAAUGUGUCUUCAUUGAUACAACUGAAACCAGCUUUGUAGAAAAGUUAUUCAAGGAGAGCCCCACCCCUCCACAGGACGGACUGUACGGCAUCAGAAACUCAGGAACCAAAACCGCAAGGGUGCUGGUGGUGUGGGACGUCGGUAUAGGCAAAGCCAGAAACUACCGACUGUUUGCAGAGGAGGACCGAAUUUUUCUGGACAGUGAAGUGACCUUCCCCAGUCUGUCAGCUCUGAUCGAACACUACUACACCCAUCCUCUUCCUCACCACGGCUCGCUCUGCCUGCAGAAGCCCUACACAAAGACACUGAGCACAAUCAACUUACAAAAGUACAACUGAAACCAAUGUACGCAGACGCAAAGAAGAACAGAGGAGGGGCUUCUCUGCAACAGAAAUCCAUCUCCGUCAAUGACACAUGGAGAUAAACUCACUCGCACAGAUUAAAUAACUGUCACAUUAUAAUAAAAACGGAUCACACCUCUCACUGUUCACUGGAGAAGAAAACAGACUGUGUUUCGCCUGUUGCUGCACCAGAAUGCACCAUGAAGCUUAGAAACCAGAAAGAAACCAUUAGCAAUCAACAGUUUAUGGAACAUUAUUUAACUUACUUUAAGGCAAACUAGACUCCUAUCUUAACACAGCAAGCCAUACUAAUCCUCUUUGUGCACUGAAAACAAGUGCAAGUGACAAGUUACUGUCAAUAUAAUAUAAUAAUAUAAUAUUUUUUGAAAGAUCCCUGCUGCUUUCUGCAAGCUGAAGAAUCGCUGUGAACGGGAAAGUGUGAAAUGACAGUGAUGAAGCACAAUCCAAGAGCCAGUCCGGCCGGGCACAUGGAGGUGAUGUAUUUUGUCCACGGAGGGGCGCUGUGACACCAAAUGACAGCAAAAAAAGAACUCAAUCCAGCUUUAGAUCCAGGUUCAGGUGGGAUCCUGGGAAUCUUCCUUUGGGUCUGUCCUAACGCCCACACUUGCUGUACUUGCGAGUCCCUGCUUGUGUGACAUAUUUCAACUGCCAAGUGCUUAAGCGCGUUGACAUUUAUUAGAACUCACUGUGACACAGUGAGACCAUCUCGUCACUCAUGACAACACACUGCUCGAUCAAGCUCAGAUGGUUUUAUUUUAUUCUCAUAUAAAGGACAUCAACCAUACAGUAUUACAGUUACAUUCAGAGGACAGUGAAAAACAAACUCAGAUUCAGUAACUCUGAAUUAUCUACUGCAGAAGCACAUCAGCCUACUGUAUGUAAAACAGACAAUACCUACUGUUAUAGUACUAUUAUACUAUAUUAUGGCUUAUGGUUUCUUUUUCGGAAAGGCUUUCUCAAAAUCACAAAUAUAUAUAUUUAAUAUUUCUUUUUGCAAUGUCAGAUAUGCGCUAUAAGUCUCAUCAAGAUGAAUAGAUUUUUGAUAUUAAGAGAUAACCAUCUCUGGAGGUUUGGCCAUAACUGCAUUGGACAGGAAUAAUAUUCAGGUUGAAUCCAACAUGUCAUAAAGUUCAACUUGUUUAUGUCUGUUGAUUGUUGUCAGUCCUAAAACUAACUGGUGGAUACUGCCAACAACUGAAGCCAUACUAGGACAGUGUGCAAGUGUUUAAGUGAACUGCAUGUUGACGUUUUUCAGACAUGGGACACACUUGCCUUCUAGCUGGUGGCACAUGGCAAACUCUUAAGUGAUCAAGACCAAUAGUAUGGGUAUUGGAACACACGUUGUCUUAUUUUCUCAUCGUGUGCCCCAAGACCAUUCAAAUCUGGCCAGUUUCAGGACCAAAUGACACAAAGACCUGAAGUAAUUGUGAUUUCUGACUCCCAAGGACUCUCAACACUGUAGAUCGCUCCCUUUAAUUUUUCUAUUUUACUACAUUAGAAACAGUACAGCAUUUUUUUUAGCUUGAACUGACUCUUGUCAUGUUUUGCUGUAUUUUUCUAAUGUAAUAAGAUAGAAAUUUUAAAUGGAGCGUUCCACAGUGUUGCGAGUCCUUGGAAGGUAGAAAACAUCUCACUUACUAACAAGAAAUAAAACCAGACCAUAACUGGUGCAACAUGUCAGACUGAACGUGAAGAAAUCCGAAUUUUAUUUGUUCUCAGGUGCCAAAAUGUUGACAUUCAGCAAAUACAGUUUGUACAGCACUGACUUUAAUGUUGUAAAUCACUCUCUAUUUAUAUGUAAAUCCUGUAUGUACUGUAAAAAUCAUGUCUGUAAAAAUGUAAAUAUAUUGUUUUCUACAGAAAUAUAUGCUGAGAAUGUAUAAAGGAUUACGCAGA